AUGAGCUUAGAGAAAAUUAAAAAAUAGAAGUUAAAUGUGUUUUAAGUAUAGAAAAACAAAAUGAAAUCUGAAGAUAGGGUUAUUGUAAACACAUCGAAUAAUUUUAAAGUAUUCUCUCCACAGCAAUCUCCUCAAAUUAAAUAAAUUCUCAAUCGUACUCAAUUCUAACUUGAAAGAUCGAGAUCAUCAUAAAAAAUAGAAAAUAUUAUAAUGCAAAUAUAAUAGAAUGUAUCUAAGAAUAAUAUAAACAUAAUCAAUAAAAAUAAAGACAUCUAUAAAGAGAGUCCUUAUUUGAUUUAAGAAAUGAAAAAGGAGAUUAAUAUUCAGUUUUUGAGAUAAUGUAAAGCCAAUAAUACUGCAGCUUGUCUCUAAUUAUUAGAACCUACAAUUGUUCAUUAAGUUUGUAAGUUAAUUGGAUUAAAUUUUAUAGUAAAUAUAUCACCAUAGAUUCCAAUAAAUCCAGAUCUAAAAGCCAAUAUAAAUAUUUAAGAUGACGAUUACAAUUCUGCUCUACAUAUUGCUGUGAAAAAUAAGAAUAUUUAAUUAGUUCAAGCUUUAGUUUAUAAAUAAAUUAACUUAGAGAUUGAAAAUUCAUAAAAGAUGACUUCAUUAAUACUGGCUAGUUAUCAGUAAAUUAUUUAUUUUAAUUUUAAAAAGUGGAAAUGUGGAAAUAUUUUAGAUCUUAAUUAAUGAAGGAGCUUAAUUUAAUCAUUAAGACAUAUAUGGUAACACAUGUCUACAUUAUGCUUGUAAAUUCAUUUGCAAAGAAAUUGUAGCAAUUAUUCUUAAACUACCACAUCUCAUAUUUAAACCUAAUAAUGAUCAGAAGUAUCCUGAUUAUUAUAUUCAUGAUGAAGAAAUAAUUUAAUUAUUUACUCAAUUUCAAUUGGAACAUUCAAAAUAAAGUAACUUUUAAUUAAAAUAAAUAUAUAGAUAAAAAAACAAAAGAAAUCUAGAUCUAAAAUAUAUAAAUGGAAGACUAGUGUAAAUCAAAUACAUUCUCUACAAAUAAAUAUAAAUUACAAAAUAAUCCUAAACAUAAUUUAUCACCUGAUAAUAAAUUAUGUAUUUUUCAAUUUAAAAGAAAUAUAAAUUAAUAGAAAAAAGGAAAUGUUAAUACUCCUUCUACUAUAGAUUCGAUGAAAUAAUCAAAAAAAGAAGAAAAAAUUGAUCCUUAACAUUUUCGCGUAUUAGGUUUAUUAGGAAAAGGAAGUUUUGGAAAAGUAUAUCUAGUACAAAAGAAUAAAAAGUUAUAUGCAAUGAAAGUACUUCUUAAGAGUAUGAUUUUCAGUAAUAAAUAAAUUAUAUUAAUAAGAAUAAAACAUUUGUAGAUAUGCAAUAACUGAAAGAAAUGUGUUAUCUGUGACAUCUCACCCAUUUAUAGUCAAAUUAAGAUAUGCAUUUUAGACAGAAGAUAAAUUAUUUAUGAUUUUAGAUUAUUGUCCUGGAGGAGAUCUUGGGAUGCUUCUUUGUAAAAUUCAGAGGUUUCCUGAAGAGAUUGUAAAAUUAUAUAUUUGUGAAAUAAUUUUGGCUUUGGAGGAUCUUCAUAAAAGGAACAUAAUAUUUCGUGAUUUAAAACCAGACAAUAUCUUACUUGAUGCAGAAGGACAUGUAUUAUUAACUGAUUUUGGAUUAUCUAAGGAGGGAAUACAUAAUUCAAAUUAAGGAGCAAAAUCAUUUUGUGGUUCUGUUGCUUAUUUAGCUCCUGAAAUGAUUAAAAGAUAAGGCCAUGGAAAAGCUGUAGAUUGGUAUUUACUAGGAGUAGUAAUGUAUGAAUUGUUGUCAGGGUUGCCUCCUUAUUAUACAAAUGAUAGAGAUGCGUUAUUUUAUAAUAUUGAAAAUGCCAGUCUAAAAAUACCUUAAUUCAUUUCAAUUGAAUGUAGAAACUUAAUAAGAUCAGUAAUUUAGAUUGUUUAUUUUAGUUAUUGGAGAGAAAUCCUACUAGACGUUUGGGAUCAGGAUAAGGAGACUCAUAGGAAAUAAAAGCUCAUCCAUAUUUUGUAGAUGUAGAUUGGAAAAGAGUAUUAAAUAGAGAACUUUAAAUGCCAAAACCAGAUUAUAGUUUAAAAUUAAAACAUAUAGGAGAAUAGAAUAUUUUUGAAUUGUAGAAUUGUAUGGAUUUUGAGUAAUCUCAUAUUAAUGGAUGGUCAUAUGUUCAAACAGAAUGA